AUGAUGCUAGGGUCGAGGUUGUUCGCAAGAUGCAGAGGCACGCUUGGUGCUGUGCCCCUUAGAUAUGGCGUUUCCCGGGUUUCGGGAACCCCAAGAUCAAUUAACGUUGUGCGCUGGCAAUCCUCCAUGGACUCUCCAAUCAAGCCUGCAAAGAUCAUAAAUGCGGUACCGGACCUGCAUUUCAGCAUAACCAACCGAGCCGCAAACCGAUUGGCAGACAUAUACAAGACGAGCCAUGAGAUUCUCAGGGUCACUGUGGAAUCUGGUGGAUGCCACGGAUUCCAGUACAAUCUAAAGCUUGUGCCAGAGAGUGAUAAGAAAGGAGUAGAGGAAGCUGAAGGAGCCUCGGAAAACCAGAACGACGAUGAUCUGGAAGACGAUUUUGAUGAUGUGAAAGACAUAGUAUACGUUUUGCCCGAUUCCAACGCACAAGUGGUGAUCGAUGAGCAAUCGUUGAAGAUUUUAAACAACACUACACUUACGUACACUACGGAGUUGAUUGGAUCGACAUUCAAAAUCACAGGUGGUAAUAUGACCAGUAGUUGCGGCUGUGGCAGUAGUUUUGGAUUGGACGAACAAGCGUUAUGA